UUCCCCCCAUUUGCCUCAGGAGAAACCAAACCUAGAGAGAGUUUCUUCCAUUCCUAGAGAGAGAAAGUGUCUGAGCUCCUAGUUUCCGGCCAACUUCCAGCGAGUCUCGGCGAGUUUUGGUCGGAAAAUGGAGAAGAUGGGACACAUCACUAAUGUUCUCAACAGGUCCAAGCCUUACAUAGCCAUGAUGUCACUUCAAUUUGGCUAUGCUGGUAUGAAUAUUAUCACUAAGGUCUCUCUUAAUAGAGGGAUGAGCCACUAUGUGCUUGUGGUCUAUCGCCAUGCCUUUGCCACUGGGGCCAUCGCUCCCUUUGCCAUCAUUUUGGAGAGAAAAGUGAGGCCCAAGAUCACAUUUCCAAUAUUCAUGCAGAUGUUCGUGUUGGGCCUUCUAGGGCCUGUGAUCGAUCAAAACUUUUACUAUGCCGGACUGAAAUACACCUCCCCAACUUUCUCAUGCGCCAUGAGCAACAUCCUCCCUGCCAUGACAUUUGUCAUGGCUUUUCUUUGCAGAAUGGAGAAGGUGAAUCUUAAGAAGGUGAGGAGUCAGGCAAAGGUGGUGGGAACACUUGUAACAGUGGCUGGUGCAAUGCUAAUGACCCUCUACAAAGGUCCCAUAGUUGAGAUGCUCUGGUCUAAGCACUCAUCUGCUCAUCAAGGCUAUGGAAACUCCACCCCCACCUCAACUGACAAGGAUUGGCUUAAAGGCUCCAUUCUUCUCAUCUUUGCUUGCCUUGCUUGGGCUGCAUUCUUUGUCUUACAGGGUAGAGAGCAAGUAUACUACGCUCCUGUAGGAGCAUACAACGUGCUACGUCCUCAGGCAGAAGACAACUUAGAAAUAUUUAUUUGA